GUCAGACAUUGUGUAUAUCUUUUCCAGAGUUUCCUCCCCUCCUGUCUCUUUUCCACGUGAUUUUUUAUAAUAAACAUUUUUUAACCUUAAUUUAUUGAUAAAUAAUAUCUCUGAGGUGUAAAAAAUGAAGAUGGAGAUGAUUUAAUUGUGAUUUACCCACGAUUCUGGGAAUUUUUGAGGUUAGAAGGCAAUUCGCAUGCCUUUUGUUGACACAAAUAAAUUAUAAUAAAUUAAUUAUCUAAAGAGAUGGCACCCACGAGGAACACGAUUAUUGUGGAGAGGUUGUCGUCAGCGUUUUCUGAUGAUAACAAGGGUGACCUGUCACAGGUAUGUGACAGCAUAUCUUCAGAGAUCCUGAGGAGAGAAAUAACACUCUGUGAAGUAGUAGAACAACUUGGGGAAUUGCUGACCAGCACUGAUAUAAGUGUUCGAGCGAAUGGAGUUCUUUCUCUCUCGACAAUAAUUCAGAAACUUCCCCAGGAUUUUCUAAAUCCUCAGGAGGUCCAGCUCCUGACGUCGUUCUAUUGUGAUCGUCUGAAGGAUCACCACAGUAUCAUUCCCUCAGUUAUCCUGGGAAUUUUGGCAAUUGUCCAGAUGACAAAUCUCCCUGGAGAUGCCCCUGGAAAACUCUUUCACACACUCACUCAAAAUGUUCGAUGCCAGUCUGAACUCUCGGACGAUCGCAGGAACAUCUACCUAAUUCUCCAGAGCCUCUUGAAUACUAGGAUCGACGACUUGAAGGCACUUGGUCCAGAUUUCGUGUAUGGAGUGAUUUCCUCGAUGGAUGGGGAGAGUCAUCCAAGGAAUUUAUCGCUCCUCUUCAAUAUUCUACCGAAAUUUAUGGAGGAAUUUUCCCUGGGACAUUUGACAGAGGAGAUGUUCGAGGUGAUUUCAUGUUAUUUUCCCCUUGAUUACACGUCUGAUUGGAAAGAAGGCAGAAAUAUCCUCAGGGAAGAGCUAGCCAAUGGUCUGGAGAGGUGCCUUGUAGCUCUCCCUGAGUUCGCAGAGUUCUGCAUCCCAUUGUUAAUUGGAAAAUUGGAUUCUAGUUUGAAGGUGGCAAAACUGGAUUCACUCUCCCUGCUGUCAGCCUCGUCAUCGAAAUUCGGGGUCGAGGGACUUAAGGAUUAUUUGGAUGACCUCUGGAUGCUGAUGAGGCGAGACUUGAUGUCUGGGAGUGAUCAAGCCGUGAGGGAAAUGGGACUCAAGGCGAUUACUGACGUCGUUGGGGCUCUAGCACAGGAUCCAGUCAUCACUGAGAAAUUUGUGGGAAAAAUUAUUACUGAUACCAAGUCGUCUUUAUGCGAUGUUCAGUUGAGUCUCUUUUGGCCAGCUGAGAAGGUCCUGGAAGCUGUCGCUAAGGGGGGAAAGGAGGCCUGCAUUCAAGUUCUCAGGGCGGUUAUUCCUCUGUGCCUGGGACAGUACUCCACGAAGACCAGUACUGAUGAUAAGAUUAUUCUCUUAGAAACGUUGAACAGCUUUAUAGCGAUAUCUGGUAGCCAUGGGUUCAGAAUAUCUGAUGUGCCUGAAUUAUCCUGGACGGAUGUCCCUAAUUUGUACUUAAAUGAACUCAACGAGGGAAAGAAUUCCAUCAAGUCGAAAUCUUUGAGGGGUCUGGCCCUCCAAGUUUCCUCUCUAUCGGAGUCUCAUCGUCAGACUCUUUAUGAUAAACUCUGUGGGGAAAUCGACGCUGGAAGCCAAGAGAUUGAAUCAGCUUGUCACUCGACUCUAUCGAUUUAUGGAAGAAAACAUCCCCAGGAGGUGCUGCAGCUUCUUCAGGCGCGUCUUAAGGUUGAUGUCAGUAUACCCAUAGCUGUCCUGGAGAGCAGACUGGCGGCUCUAUCUUCGGUAGUCAAAAUUCCAGAUUUCGAAGCUCACGUUCUGCCUUCUGUCCUUGAAGUUGCUGUUGCUGGGGACUUGAAGGCGGCUUCAGCUGCUCUGACAUGCCUCCUGAGACUCCUGGAGGAUGAGACUGGAGGUUUUGAUAUUCAUUAUUACCUGGAGCAUCAGUGCAAGGCCGUCGAGAGGCUAGUGGAAUCAGUGGAAGGGAGAACUGGGGAGCGGAUGCGACUGGUAUCCAAUAUUUGUUGUUCUAUUGUUAGGAGAUUGAGCCCUGAAGCCCAAAGAAUCGUUGUCGAGAGACAUUUCGAGACCUUGAGGUCCAGGAUUGCUGAGGAUAUAAUUUUAUUGGAAGGAAUAAUUACUCCUCAAGCUCCGGAGAUUGCUGGGACUAUUGGGAUUGGUCUAUUGGAGCAAUUGUUUGAGAUCUCGUUGAAAGGCCCUGAUGAGGAGACGAGAUUAUCUGCCUGUAGAUUGAUAUCGAUUUUAGUUAAUAAAGUCCGGGAGGAUUGCACCCUGGGGAGAUAUUUGAACAUCUUCAGAGAGAGUUUGACUCAGAUUUUAGAAGAGGAGAAUAGAGCUGAGGAGAAAAGAGCUGCUGUGAUACUGCAUACCUGGCUGACGAAGAGUCUUCUAGUUAAGGGCUCCAGAGAGUCUCAGAAUUUCUUGGAUUAUCAGUUGAAUAUGUUGAAGAAUGAAACCGUCGGGGCAUUUGUGGGGGAGCAGUUCAGGGUUCUUGUUGAGAGGGGGGAGAGCACCUUGACUGUAGAAAAUCAAUGCACUGUCAAGAUUUUUUACAAGCAGAGAAUUUUCCAAAAUAUUAUUCAACAGAAUUCAGUGUUUGAGGGGGCAGCCAGGGAAAAUUAUCUGAUCGCUCUCAGUCAUCUUGUAGAGGAAAUCCCUGUGGAGCUCAUGGCCUUGAAUUUAUCGAAGAUUGUGCCACCUCUUAUCGAAUCCCUCUCGAUGGAGAGUAGUCAGCUCCUGUUAUCAACCCUCAACACCCUGGGUCAACUUCUCAAAUCGAAAGAGGAAAUUUUUGCUGAGUACAUCGACAGUUUCAUACCGAAAUGCUUGAAACUAUCAGCACACCCUAAAAUGCUAAUUAGAAUAGCAGCCUUGAACUGUCUGCACAGUUACUGCAGUUAUCCAACGCCAAUAAUCCUAAUGUGUAGGAACGACGUGAUUGACAAAUUGUCGGAGGCACUGGACGACAAGAAACGACUCGUGAGAAAAAUCGCUGUGAAGACGAGGACCAGGUGGUACCUCGUGGGGGCCCCUGGAGGGCCUGAUUAACGUCCUCAUUGUUGCAAGUAGAUUAGGAACAAAUUGUAAAACAGCUGGUGUAAUCACAUACAAUGUACAGAUACUGAACGUAGCUGCGGAGUUAAUUAAAUAAAAAAACAUUGAUUUCCUGUAA